AUGAAGACGUGCAGACAAACCACCUGGAUUCUCAUGACAGCAGGCGAAACGCAGUUUCCCACAAUGAAGUUUAGAAUCAUGUCAGAGAAUCAUUUCGGAGAUGAGCAUUUGCCACCAUGUCAAAAAUGGAAUGGAUCUUCUGCCAACUCCACACCAUGCGGACGACUUUUUCAAAGACUUCGACGAGAAGUCCGACGAUUGAGACAGAACUUUUCAUUACAUCGAAAGAUGAUUUCGAAACUUCGUCGAGAUAAUCAAAACCUAGAGGCCGAAUUGAAGAAAAAGAAUGCGUUGUUGAGGAACCGUCAAUCUGCAGGAUCGUGUCCAAUAUGCUUUGAAGAGUUCGAGGAUACUUUCUGCAGGGAAGCAGUCAUGGAAUUGAGUUUUGCCUCUAAGCUGAACAGUGCCUCAUCAAUGAACGCGGUGGUCAAGCGCGUGCCAGAAGUUCAGAAAAACAUCAAAGAAGAUGUACAGAAAGUGAAUAACAACAAGCUAAUCAAAAACGACCGAGAAGCUGACACUUCCGAAUUUCUGCAAAUAGCUGCACGUGCUCACGGCACCAAUUCGGAGGUUGAAAAUCUUGCGUUGGGCGUUGCUUGCCUCACAGAAAUGUUGAACAAAACUUUACGUCGUCUAAAAAUAACGGAAUCGGAUGAUUUGAGAUCCAAUGAACCGUUCGUUAACCCCCAAUGCGGGUUCGAUCUAGAAGAAGCCACGAAUAUCGGAGAUGUCGUCGUUUUGCCAAGUGACAGGACACUAAAAAUGUCAAGCUGCAUUUCAGUUCUCACCGCAUCUAGUUGGACGUCUUCAAAUUAUAAAACGGACGCGAAAAGUUUAGUCCGGCACAUUUUCACCAAAGUUGCUGAUAAAUAUCCGUUUUUUCCCGCAUAUUCCGCUUCUAGCGAAUCCAAUAGAGGAUACACUCCACUAGGAAAUUCCUUCUUCGAAAUCGUCACAAGAACAUUGGUAAUUUGUUGGGACCGUACUACUGGAUGCUCCAAGCUGGACGACAAAUGCUGGGCAAUCAAGAACAGAAUGGGCGGAUUUCCGAUUUUCCUUGAUGAGGAGGAGUUCUCCCAUUUCGUUCUGGAUGACAGAAGAAACUUUGACGCGAUGGUACUCUUGGACUCGACUGGUGAAGCAGGAAGAAGACUGAGGAUUUCGAGUAGACCGGAGAUGCCAGAGGUUAUGUAUCGUCUGUCAAGAUCAUCGUUUCAUGUUGGAGAAGUAUGCGGGAGAGAGGAUUGCCAAUUGUUCUUCCUUCGCACCGUUCCAUUCAAAAACUAUCAGGAACCACAGAUCUUCUACUUUCCAAAACCGAACAGAAAAAUCAAUGGAAAGAUUCAAAAAGUGGAAAAAGUGGAGACUGAGAAUCUGGAAGAAAUGGUUCAGUUUGUGAAGGAUAAGACUGGAGUUGAAGUUCGUACUAUUCCGGAAGUACCACUUUGGAUACAGUUCACGUUUGGUCCUGUGAUGGCAUUAAUCCUUUGUUUGUGGAACUGGUUCCCAAAAGAAAGACAGAUUUUGAAAAAAGGAUUCGCCAUCUCUGAUUCCAGAAUAUGCAGGUCCGUUCUGAUUAGUUGGGCUACACACUUCACUUUGUCGGCUGUAUCCAAUCGGAUUUUGACCAAUCAAAGCCUAGGAGAAGUCGUGUUGACCAACAUUUUAACCACCGGAACCAGUGCAUACGGAUCUUCUAUCAUCAGUUCAAUGCUAUCGGAUUGGAAGAACAAGCCAUUGUGGAAGUAUUUGCUGAUCGGCACAGCACUUGGAGGAACAGUUUUCACAGUUUUCGCACAUGUUCAUGGAGAGUAUAACAGCUGGAUGGUUACAGUUCUGAUCAUUUACACAACUUUUUGCAACCGCACACCAGACGCUUAUUGUUUUUCAAUUUUGGGCUUGGACGAAAAUCAAGAAAGUUUGGAUGGAGAGAAUUGGCAAGAAGGAGAUUAUGUCUGGUUACUACCAUUCUACGUUAUAUGGAUGACUAAAGAAGAAGAUUGA